AUUGAAUGCGGGUGUGUUCAAGCAUUUCAAUAACGAAACAGCUGUUCGACAUCACCGUGCAGCAAUGAGCGCAGUUAAAUAUAUAGGACGUACAACCGAUUUUCGUGGCAAGAGCCUGUGGGAGAUUUUAGGCAAUCUGCGUGACUAUGGAGUUGGCCGGCUGAUAAUACGUAACAAGUUCCAACGAUAUGAAGAGCCUUGCUAUAUGCGCAUACUUAAAGUGGAGGUUACACCACAUGAUCCUGCUAAGGACCCUAUACGUAAAGUGGCAGUAACAGUAGAAAAGACGUGGAGGGGUGUAAUUAAUCCAAAGCCAGUCACCAUAUACAGCACUAGCUAUAAGCCUGACUACGAGUUAAUACCCAAAGAAGAAGAAUCAAAAUACACGAACAAUACCAAAAAGGUGUCCGAGCAAAUAUUAGCAAAUAGGAUUGAGUUUCCUCCACUGUUGCGCGAAUUCAUUCGGCAGGAAACUGGUGUGAAAGAGCCUUUAAUGAAAGUCCAUCAUAAGGUGAACCACAAUAAACUAACACGUUUGGCUAAAGAGGGUGAAAAGCCGACUAUUGAAUGUACAAUGGGGCUAGGUACUCCAGCCAGUCCAAAGCUAUAUGAAGGCGUUUUAUAAGUGCUAUUUCUAUGUCCUGCUUAACCGAAAUAUAUUAAGUUGUUAAAAAAUACUUGAAUUUUAAUUAAAUUAUUUUAAUUCAA